CGGGAGGUGAUGGAUGGAGACCGGUGGUAGCAGCUAAAUCCAGGCGGGAGCUAAAUCUCCCCUCCGGAGGGACCUGGACUUCUUGCUUGGGGUCUGGAAGACGCGGCGGGGACCUGCUGAAGGUGGGGAAGGUGGGCGGUGGGGAAAGGGGGGUGGUGGAGGAAAAUCGCAUCGCUGGUGGUGUUUUGGUUUUGGCUGGAAGGCUGUGCCCACGCGAGACCGCUCCGGCCGCUGCUCACCUCGGGGGAAAGUGGAGCCGGGGGUUUUCCGCCCGCUCCCCAUCGCUCUGGAUCGCGGCCGGGGACCCGGCUGGGGUUUGGGGAGGCCCGUCGCGAGAUGUACCAGAGUUUAGCCAUGGCAGCGAACCCCGGCCCUCCGGCGUACGAGGGGGCAGGUGGCUUCAUGCACAGCGCGGCCGCAGCGUCCCCGGUCUAUGUGCCCACCACGAGAGUCACCUCCAUGCUCCCCAGCCUGCCCUACCUCCAGAGCAGCGGCUCUUCCCAGCAAGGCAGCCCCGUCUCCAGCCACUCCAUCUGGACUCAACCCGGAGCCGAAAGCGCCGCUUACAAUCCCGGAUCUUCUCACCCUCCCGUGUCACCUCGGUUCUCCUUCUCCACCAGCACCCCCAUCCCUGCCACCUCUUCCCGGGAAGCGGCGGCGGCUUACAGCGGCUCCUUGAACCUUUCUGCUAACGGGAGGGAGCAGUACAGCAGGGGCUUCGGCAGCUCCUACUCCAGCCCCUACCCGGCCUAUAUGAGCCCCGAAAUGGCCACGACCUGGACUUCCUCGCCCUUCGACAGCCCGAUGCUGCACAACCUGCAGAGCCGAGGGACGCCCGCGGCCGCCCGGCACGCCAACAUCGCAGAAUUCUUUGACGAUUAUUCCGAGGGGCGAGAAUGUGUCAACUGUGGGGCCAUGUCCACCCCGCUCUGGAGGAGGGAUGGCACAGGGCACUACCUCUGCAACGCCUGUGGGCUCUACCACAAGAUGAACGGCAUCAACCGGCCCCUGUUCAAACCCCAGAGGAGGCUGUCGGCGUCUCGCCGCGUCGGCCUCUCCUGUGCCAACUGCCACACGACCACAACCACGCUGUGGCGCAGGAACGCCGAGGGAGAGCCCGUCUGCAACGCCUGUGGACUCUACAUGAAGCUCCAUGGGGUUCCAAGGCCUUUAGCAAUGAGAAAAGAGGGCAUUCAGACGAGGAAGCGCAAGCCGAAGAACCUUAACAAAACAAAGACACCAGCAGGCCCAUCCAGCAGCGAGAGUCUUACCCCGACCACCAGCUCCACCAGCAGCAGCAGCAGCGCCACGACCACCGAGGAAAUGCGGCCCAUAAAAACCGAGCCCGGGCUCUCAUCUCACUACGGGCACCCCAGCCCAGUUUCUCAGGCAUUCUCAGUCUCUGCCAUGUCCGGCCAUGGAUCCUCCAUUCACCCUGUGAUCUCAGCUCUGAAGCUUUCCCCGCAGGGUUACCAGUCAGCCAUCAGCCAGUCUCCCCAAACCAGCUCCAAACAGGACUCCUGGAACAGCCUGGUGUUAGCUGAGAACCACGGGGACAUCAUAACUGCAUAACCUGGGCUCCCACCCACCAACUUCAGGCUGAUCCGCUCAAGAGAUGAAGAAGAUGCCACGUCAAUGCUGUUUCCCACCUCUCCUGCUCUCCUGCCUUCUCUUUCCUUUGUGAGAUGUUCCAGCAAAGAGGUAAAGAGGACUGAUCUGAGGUCCAGGAGAGCUCUAAUGAAGCAGAGACUAAAAUCUCAAAGUAACCACUGGAUACGAAGCAUUUUCCCCCACUUUAAAUGAGCCUCUCUAUUUGAUUGUCACCACCUUCUAUGAAACACACAGAUGGACCCAGUUCUUGAGUUUUAUUUAAAAAGAUCUGGCAUUUGAGACUCUGACAAUGGUGGAGCAGAGACACUUCUUUUCUUCUGUCACCAUCCAUUCUCUCCCUGACCAGAAGAAAAUGCCACUGUCUUCUCAUUACCCAAAUUCUGUGAUCUUCCACCAAAUGGAGCCAGUUCCAGAACAGUUUGCUGAACAGACUUCACUAGAGAUUCUUUAGUGGCUUUAGUGGAUUUGAGAUGAUCUAGGGCAGAGAAAAAAAGAGACACCUCCCCCUCCUCAGCUCACACAUGUAGAGCACUAUCUUUAUUUUCCUAGAUGGUCUGGAAAGCUGAUGAAUGUCUGUAUUUAAUAGUAACUCCUUUCCUAUUUAUCAUUAUGAAAUCAUGGGACUGUGUUUCCAAGAGGUUGUUGGCUCAGCCUGGAGAAGGUCUGUCCAAAGUCAAAGCAGGAUUUUGGAAGAAGGAACCUGCUGGAAGCAGGUAGAGGAGAUCCACGUUGGUAAUCAAAUCCUGGAGGAAAUGGCUGGGCUCUUCCCUUAUGGAUAGUAACAAGCCAGGCUUAGAGAUGAUUCAAGUGCACAGCAAGUGAAAGAUGCUCUUCUAACGCUGCUGUGCCACUGCUUUUGAGACAGAUAAUUUAAUUAUUUUGCCUACUUUUAUGUUGUUUGGAUGUCAUUGAUGAAAUCUGACUGUCACUUCUUUUUGGCUGUACUGUGAGUGCCCACUUCCUCCCCUAACAGCUGGCUCGUGACCAUUUCCCACAUCUAAUCCUUUAGGAUUUCACCUCUGGCAACAAGCAAAGGCUCCAGCCUCUAAUGGAGGUGGCAGGGGCCGUUUUCUUUACCAAACAUGUACACAGACUUGCUUGCCUGCAAGAGAAGUGUAACUCCAUUCCUGCAUGAGUACUAAACAAGACUUGUCUAUUUUCUUGCCCAUAUGGCUCUCAAGAACCAGGGAAUUGUAGCAAAUGGAGUUGGAAGAGGUGCUGAGAGCUCACUGACUCAUUCCCUUUUCCCAAAGGGAUCAAUUCUGCCUAACCCAGCCCUGCCUACUCUGUCUUUAGCAUGUGCUUAACAAACUCCAGCAUUGCAGAUGCCACAGCUCCCCUGUGCAGUCCAAGUUCUUCACCAGAUGCUUGCCAUGGUGUUUUCAUCAAUAUUUCCAAGGCGAGACAGCUUUGCCUGUCUAGGCAGAGAAUUUUUGGGAGAAUUUAUCCUACAAGAUUCUCCACCCUUGUUUCUGUCCACUCCCAAACUCUGUUCCCCUUCCUGUCUUCCCAGCUCCUCUCUUUUCCUCCCUGCAUCCAUAACUCGAGUAUGGAACUACCAAGUGAAAAUUUCUAAGAGGGACUGUGCAUCCCUCCCAAAUGUGCCAUCCUCUGUCUCCUGCUGUUCAACAUUCCCACAGGGAGUGUUUCCACCCAAACACCAGGCUUGGUGAAGAGGAAAGCCACGUGCAGGUUUGAAGCAAAAGAAGGGCAUUGUGUUGUCUUUGUCUGAACUCACCAUUUUCCUCCUUAGCCUCUCUAAGGAGAAGGAUUCAAUUGGAUUGGUCAUGAGAAAGACUAGGACUGGCACAGCAGAGACCUGGACCCUUCCACAUUCCCUCUGCUCUCCGUAACUCAGAUUGGCAGGGAUUUGGAGGGGUGACAGAGCCUCUGCAAUCCCUAGAGAAAAACACCAUGGCAAUGGUGCCAUGGGAACGGCUGCAUGAUGUUUGCACCAGAGUUUCCACCCUGCCUUGCUGGGCUAAUGUAGUGUUUAGCCUCAUUAGUGCUAAUUACAGAUGAGGAAAAGACAUUUGUGAAACAUGAAUAAAAAUAAAUGAGAUUCUGUGAUUCUGCUCAGGCCUGGCAGGCUGCAGAGAGGAGGAGAAAUAGCACAUAAAAAUAUGAAUUUGGGGUGAAAACACAAAGGUGUUUCUCCGUUGGCGUGAAGAUUUUUAACCAGCCUCCUCCUUGAACUAAAUUCCUUUGUAAAUGACACUUGAGCUCUCUUGGGAUCUGCCUGUGAAUCCCUGGCCAUAACAGAGCACCACAACAUGCAUGAACCACUUGGCUUAUGCACAUAUUGGAGAUACCCAGAACUACCCUGGGUAACCUGAGAGGAAGGGGAGCAAGCGGCCUCUUGGAGAGGAGAAGUUCAGAUCAACCCCCUCCCCCAUUUCUCUUUCCAUACUGAUGCUCCCAUUGGUUCUGCCCACCCUGCCUUAUUGCUGUGCUCCUCCUCCUCCCCUCAAAGCCAAAAAUCCCUGGUGGAAUUUUUCUUCUGUCCUUAAAACACUCCAAGAUGUCAUAAAGGACUCUGCUUGCAAUGCCAGGGGGGAGAAUCCCUGCAGAACAUAAGUGUGGUUAUGCUCCCUCAGGUUAUCUAAAUGACCACAGCAGAGAUUUAUUAAAUGGUUUUUACCCUUUCUCAAAGCCUUAAAAAUAAUUCUUGAAACAGAGUGAGAAGCAUUCACAAGACCCUAAUGGCAGAACAAGAUGUCUGCUUUCAAAAGGUGAAGCUCUGGGGGCUGUGAGAACAACUUUAGGCUUAGAGGACAACUACUUAGAGGUCGAAUUCAGCUCUUUUGUCCCCCUAUUUGCACCAGAAGCAGUAGAAGUUUGGCUACACCUGGUUCUGCAGUUCUUUUCAAUCACCCAAAACUGUUGCAAAGCAACACACAUGGUGCAAAUGUUUUUCCAAAUAAAUGUUAGAUUAUAAUAAGAGGCAUAAUCAUUGGUAAAUUAAUUGCUCAGACUUGGGGAGUCCCAAGCCCAGGAAUCACACAAAGCCCCUACUCAAAGGUGGGAGCUGGGAAGGCCAAUGCAGGAGGACAAACUCUGGAAGUGACAGAUGAAGGGAUACUCAGAAGACAAGAGGAUAAAAGUGCCACCAACUUUCAGGACACUCAGCUCCUUCUAGCAGGAGGGGUAACUCACAAAAUUCCAGGUUCCACCUGAGCUCUGCUUUCGUGCCCAUGAUGGGGGGAGCAUUUCGAGCCUGCUUUGGUAAUUAAACUAGACACAAUUCUUAGAGACCCAGACAGGGUAAUUAUUGCUAUUAUUAUUGCUAUUAUUGCUGGAGAACCUUGUGAGGACCAUUCCAGGCCAGGUCCUCCACAAAUGCAGGACUGAGAACUAUCCCUGCUCUGAGGAGCGAGAGGGAAAGAGCCCACUCCUGCAAAACACUUCAGCACGAAUAUAAAUGCAUUUGUGGGACUCGUUCCCACAGAGAUCAUCACUAAUCAUGAAAAUGUUAGUGCUGAAAGGUUUUGCAGCACAAGGUUUGGUUGUGUCAAACCAGACCUUGGCGAUGGCUCAGCGGCCACCAAAGUGAGAUGAGCAGCUGAAAAGCAGGAUGGGGAGACAGGGCGGUAAAAAGGUCACUUAACCAUUUCCAAAUGUCUUUGCUCUUUGUGGAAGUGCAAUAUCUUGAUUCACUUCAGCUAUUCUUUGUAAACUGAUCAGAAGAGAUCCUUGGAUCACUUGCAAUCUUAUGGGCUUAGAUGGAGAGGGUGCAAUCAGGAGGAGCUCAGGAAUAUUGCAAGGGAGCUUUAAAACCAAUCACCAACUCAAUGCAACAUUGAAGCUGUGACUAUGUUUUGUUUUGCCUUUUUUUUCUCCCCAUGUAUAAAGUUUGAAGCUUCCCAUGUCAUCUGGGAAAGUCUCAUGGAAACAGACAUUUCUUUGUAAGGGGGAGAGGGAAACCAACCAACUGAACAAGCUGUAAUUAUUUAAAGAUGUAAAAAAAUAUCUAUUAUGAAGUAGUAUGGCUACCAAUCCACGUAACUUCUACACCUUUAGAACUAAUGGAAAUAAAACAAUGAUAAUAAAAUCAGAA